CAGCCCACGGGACAGCCUUGUUGGAGUCUCCCGGGAGAGGCCCCGCUCCCCGUCAAAGCCUGCGGUUGGACACCACCAUGGAGCCACUGCUCCUGGCCCCCACACCCAGCUGGAACGCCUCCGAAGACAGUGACAACGGGACGCUGGUGGGGCCAGCACCCUCGGCAGGUGCGCGGGCUGUGCUGGUGCCCGUGCUGUACCUGCUGGUGUGUGCCGUGGGGCUGGGUGGCAAUGCGCUGGUCAUCUACGUGGUGCUGCGCCAUGCCAAGAUGAAGACAGUCACCAACAUCUACAUCCUUAACCUGGCCGUGGCCGACGUCCUCCUCCUGCUGGGGCUGCCCUUCCUGGCCACACAGAACGCCGUCUCCUACUGGCCCUUCGGCGUCUUCCUGUGCCGCCUGGUCAUGACGCUGGACGGCAUCAACCAGUUCACCAGCAUCUUCUGCCUGACUGUCAUGAGCGUCGACCGCUACCUGGCUGUGGUCCACCCCCUCCGCUCUGCCCGGUGGCGCCGCCCACGGGUGGCCAAGCUGGCCAGCGCCGCGGUCUGGGCCUUCUCACUGCUGAUGUCGCUGCCACUGCUGGUCUUCGCCGACGUGCAGGAGGGCUGGGACACCUGCAACCUCAGCUGGCCGGAGCCUGUGGGGCUGUGGGGGGCCGUCUUCAUCAGCUACACGUCCGUGCUGGGCUUCUUCGGGCCGCUGCUGGUCAUCUGCCUCUGCUACCUGCUCAUCGUGGUGAAGGUGAGGGCGUCGGGUGUGCGAGUGGGCUCCUCACGGCGGCGGCGCUCAGAGCGCAAGGCCACGCGCAUGGUGGUGGUGGUGGUGCUGGUGUUCGUGGGCUGCUGGCUGCCCUUCUUCAUUGUCAACAUCGUCAAUCUGGCCUUCACGCUGCCUGAGGAGCCCGCCUCUGCUGGCCUCUACUUCUUCGUCGUCAUCCUGUCCUACGCCAACAGCUGCGCCAACCCUGUCCUCUACGGCUUCCUCUCUGACAACUUCCGCCAGAGCUUCCGGAAGGUUCUGUGCCUCCGCAAAGGCGCCGGUGCUGAGGACAUGGACACCACCGAGCCGAAGCUGGACAAGAGCAGGCGGCUACAGGAGGCCACGGUGCCCAUACGCAGCUCCGAGGCCAAUGGGCUCAUGCAGACCAGCAGGCUGUGAGGGGUGUGCAGAGGUGCCCCCCUGCCCGCAGCCUGCAAGUCUGGACACUCCUAGCCCAUGUCAUGAGGACAGAGCUGUCUGGGGCCAGGCCAGGGUGGACACAGGGCAGCUGGCAUCCUGCAGGGACCAACCGCCACUCCCACUAGCCUGUUCUCUGUGCACAUUGGGGAUCCCUGGGAACUGGGGGAUGCCACGGGCACCUCCACUUUCCGGCCCUGCCACCAGUUCGUGUCAGCCUUCCAAGCCAGGGGAGCGAUUUUUCCAGAUGGCUGGCUGAGGGGAGACUGUCUUCCUGACCAUUGGUGUGUGCUGGUGACUCCCCCAUCCCCGAGACCAU